GGGAGAGAAGUCUCGCGAGGUUAAAAAACCGGACGGCGAGACCCAUUCGGUCGGAUUGGCGACAAGAGGAAAAAUAUAAAAACCUGAGCCCCGAAAUAAGAUGUCAGGCCGCUCGGUUCGGGCCGAGACCCGGAGCCGCGCCAAGGAUGACAUUAAGAAGGUGAUGGCGGCCAUAGAGAGGGUCCGGCGAUGGGAGAAGAAGUGGGUGACUGUAGGCGACACCUCUCUGAGGAUAUUUAAGUGGGUGCCUGUCGUGGAUACCAAGGAGAAAGAAAAGUGCAAAACCAAUGGCAGCGCAGGGAGGGAGCUGAAGGGCUACCCUGUGGACACCGGGGAUACGGCUUCAGAGAACAACCGCUCUGUCCUGCUGGACUUCCAGGAUGACAACAGUAACCAGAGCUCGCUGUCGGACAUGUACCAGCCCAAGGUGGACAGCAGCAGCAACUCCAGCCCCCAGCCCAGCGAGCCGGUCAGCCCGGCCCCCACCUCCGACUUCCGCACCGACGACUCCCAGCCGCCCACCCUGGGGCAGGAGACGCUGGAAGAGUCGUCGCUGCAGACUUGCGAAGUUGCCGAUGAGCCGCCCACUCUGACGAAGGAGGAUCUGCUGCCUCUGAACGCCCAGGUGGAUGAGGAGAGCCCUGAGGCAGGAGCCCCCCCGCUGAAGAGAGUCUGCACGGAGCAAAGCUCAGUCCUCCAGCCCUCGACUCUCAGCUAGCCCACGAUGCACCUGGCUAGGUUGGCGGGAUGGUGGUGGUGUGUGUGUGUGGGGUGGGGGGGACGCACUGCUGUCCGUCCAGCUGGGAAUGACCGCAGACGUGCCAAGAGCACGUUUAUCUUGAUCUUCAGAACAGCGCUUACGGCUGUAUUCACCUCGAAUGAGCAGUUUGUAUCCUCUUUGCUUUCCUUUCAGUGUCUUUUGGAGUUGCUGUUAAAUGUGUCCUGUGUGAUCCCAGGGGCUCCCCCAGCCACUGGGGGGCGCAGUGGGGGCAGCGACCCCUUGUGUCCUUGGUCCUGCACCCUCUCUAGGUGUCAUAAGGAGUAACAGUUGUAGAAACUCUAGUAUUUGUAAGAUGCCAGAAGGAAAUGGAACAGAUGAUAUCAACUGGUCAAAAAUAACCGCAUUGCCUAAAAUAUGAUUUCAUCAUUUCGCUAGAUCUCUUGUGCUCCUCUAAGGGGCCCAAUGAGAGACCCAGAGGCUGGGCUUGUUUGGUUCUGGCUCGGUUCUGAGGUGAAUACAGAUCCUGAGGCGUUCGUGUCGAUGGCCCGGCAGUCUCUCGUGCUCUGGAGACGCCGGCUGUGUGUUUGAAGCCCUGCUCUGGCUUGAGCUGGGAACGUGUGCACAGGGAGCCUGACUCUUCCUCGGACCAGCGCUGUCCGCGGUAUCCCCGCAGAGAGAGACCAGAAAUGGGGACUCUGUGCUUCACCUGUCCCCGAAGGGGAACGUAGAGGAAUCCGGAAUAGUUGGCGAUCAUUCCCUUCUGCGCCACCGCUGCUUUCUUGCUCUGUCCCAGAUCCCAGGUGUGAGAGGAAGAGUGGGAAUUCAGAUUCUUCCACAUGCCAGUUUUGGAGUGAAGGAAGCCAAGGCUGAUGUGGGAGACGUGAAGAAGCCCCAGAGCACUGACCCGCCUGCUUGUGUUUCAGCAACCACAGCAGCGCUCAUGGGCGCCAGACCCGCGGUGGUGUACCGGCCAUGUGGGGGCGCUGUCUGCACCCUGAAUCUAGGAACUCUCCUGCUCUGACGCUGCUGUACCAGGACUGUGCUGCUCCCAUGGGGAGCCUGGACAGGGUCGGUGAAGACCCUCUGGGGUGCAGACUGCCUCCCCUGGAGCCUCUGCUGGGACAGAAUAUUCCUGAACCGUUGUGGGACGUUCGUGUCCGUUAUCUCGAGGCAAAGAUCAUGAGCAGGAAGCAUCCAAGCAUGGAGUAGAAGACAAAUUUGGGAAGUGUAAGUGGGCCUGAAAGUAAUCUGUCUCUAGAAAAGCCCCACGUGCUGCUGCAGGCAUUGGAUUUCUUCCGGUACCUGUGGCUGCUCCCUUUCAGAUCUUUUUCUCCAGCAGCCGUGAGUCAGGUUGAACAGAAAACAUGCCCCCAGGCCAGACCUGCUGCUGCCUGUAAUGUGUGAGACUGAGGUGCAUUGUCCACAUUUUCAAGGGAUGCUCAAUCACUAUUUUAAAGCAAAGAGUCUGCAUAGAUUCUGAUCUCUUUAAAAACUUUGAUGAAAGUCUUUCAUAUACACACCAGCUCGAUUGAAUACCUGUUUGGCGCAAUCGUGUGGCCCUUGACUGUACACAGUCCUGUUAACUCCAGCAGCUGUGGAGCAGUGUGAUUCAGUCCAGUCUUGUAACAUUGGCAGUCUGCAACAACAAUGAGGUAACGUCCUGGAGUGUCCCAACUACUGCUUGCUGUGACAAAUGAAUGUGCACUUGAAGAGGGUGUCCUUAAGUAUCUGGGCCUGAUUAUUUUUGCCUGUGAGCAAGGGGUUGGCAAUCUGAUUUGUUUAUUGUGGAAUGGGCUGUUUGCACACCAUUUGCCUAAAGGGAAAAUAAAUUCCAUUAUGAUCAAAAUUUGGGGACUUUGUGCAGAGAAAGCAUGUCGGUACAUAUAUCUGUAUCUUUCCACAUACCCAUAUAUUUAAAAUACAAAAAGUUGGGUUUCCUUGUAGCAAUGGGGGACCAGAUGUGAAAAUUUAUUUUCACCAUUUUAGAAAGGGAAGGCUUUUUUACCCUUGUGUGUGUGGUGGGGGGGAUCGAUGCUUCAUGUUUUUAAUGAAGAGGAACACCAGCUACACAUUUUGUUUUGUCCACUGAGUGAACAGCGAACAAGAGAUUUGUUAUAAGACACUGAUAUUUACUCCUGGUCCUGGUAGCUACAUAGGUAACUUACAAAUCCUCAGUGGUGGAAGACUUAUGAAACAGUAGUAAUAUAGAUUAGUAAAGUGAACAGUUAAUUUAAGAGUCCAGGGUGGAAUGAAAACCAAAACAUGGCUCUUCAGGAGCAGGAGUCGAUAUCCCUGCUUUCGAUUAGAAAUAAGUGUCCUAUUGCAUAGUAUUUUGAUUCAUUUCAGUUAUUUAAGUCUGCAAUCUCUUAUAUAUGGAUGUUUAUGGAUUAUUCAGUGUAUUUGCAUAUAUCCAUUUAGUUAAAAUGCAAUUAGUGCUUUUUAUGCUACAGCUCUUACCAACACUGCAGCUGGUAAUUCCUGGAGUGGAUCAAAAUGCUCUGUUGUGGGAGGUGAGUUCUUUUUUUUUUUUUUCCCCCCAGAGACUUUUGCAAGCAGAAAAAGGUUUUGUCACAUAGUACGUCAAUAUUUUGUUAAAUGACUGCUCAUUUGCUUUUAAAUUGGAUGCCUUUGCUGGAAGUGUUUUUAUUGUGCUGAGCAUGUUCAUUGUCUGGGCUUGACACUGUGUGAGUGGCGGAAGCAAGUCUUGGCUACUGUUGCUCAUGCUUCAGCUUUGUGAUGUUCAAGCGUAAAUUGUUAAAAAUCACGUCAAAUCAAAUUCCUACAAUAACCGGUUUCCAGAGACUUAAAAUAAGUAGUGCUGGGAUGUAUGUUUUUGUUUUUUGUACAGAACUUUGAAAAUGUGUUUAUUUAACUUUUUUUUUUAAUUAAGCAAAUUACAGCUUACCUCCAUCCUCCAAUUUUUUGAAGAGGCUGUAGUGGUGUGUUCUACAGUGCUUCUGUACUGCUGCUACAGCUGUUUCAGUGACACACCUGCGUAUUUUAGAGAUGUCAAGAUCAAACUUCCUCCCACACUCUAUAAAGACAUGCUGGUGGGGUAAUUGGCUUCUGGGAAGAUUGUCUGUGCCCUGUGAUAAACUGGGGUCCCAUCCAGGCUGGGUCUUGCCCUGUGCCUGUUGGUUGGGGGAAGAGGGUGGAGAGUUCAGGGUCAUGUUAGUGCCCUGUUGGUAUGACCUUUGACCCUCUCCCCAGUACAAAUAAAACUAACGUGUUGAGAAUGAAGAUAGUUAUUAAAGCCCACUUUUCCUGAACUGAAAGCAAAUCAAUUAAGAUGUACAAUUAUUGUGGAACGACUCAAAGUGCACAGCAGAGAGUCGUGAGUGUGCUUAGAGUUCAGCCUUUUUAGUUUUUCCCAACCUGUCAAGAUGUUACACAUUAGCGCUGUAGAAGCGAUAGGUCUGUGAGUGAGACGGCUGAAGCAGCAGAAGAAGAGACUUAGAGCCCUGAGCCUGGCUCUGCCAGAUCAUGUUCUCACCAGAUUGCUGGUGUGCUGGUCCUGUAACAAACACAUCCACUGAGAGAGAAGGCUGUCAGUCCCCUAUCAUGAAACAAAGGCAAAACCUCCUGUUGGUUCUGCAAAGUCUGCUUGAGGUUUCUGAUUCAUAAUUGUGUAUUACUACGUUUUAUUUUUUUCAAAAAGAAGGAGUUGGAGGGAGAAAAAAGAAUUUGUAUACAAAUUGUAUUUUAAUGGAAGCUGAAAAUGUAUUUUUAAAGUACUGGACAACAACUUUUUAUAAAGGAGCUGUGGAUUUGGAUGAACUGUGUGUUUUUUUUCAGAUACUUUCUUACCACAUUACCUUGUUUAACAAUUCGGGGUUCAAGGAGUAUCUUCCAAAACAAGAUGAUUGAUUAUACAUGUAAUAUCUGUGAAUUCAAGCUUACAGGAAUAUCUGUAAAAGGCCCACAUGGAACAAUAAAAAUCUUGAUGUGUAA